AUGAAAGUGAAUAGUGAGACGAAACGUAAAUGGAAUGAAUGUCACGACUAUACGAAACUACCAACUUGGCUGGAAUGUUGCAAGAUGCUUGACAGGCGAUGUCAACAAUUAAUGGUACUAGCAAAGGCCAAGCCAAAGGCUACAAUCAACCAAGAGUUGCAGCAUACUAGUGUUCGUAAACCUUUCAAGCACAUCUUAAUGACGAAACAAAAGUCUACAACUCUAUCAGUUGAAAAUCGAUGUCAACAGGCGAAGCAAAUCCAACUAUGCUUUAAUUGUCUCCGGAAAGAUCACAUUAGCACACAUUGUCCAUCAACGUAUUCAUGCCGAAUGUGCAAAAAACGACAUCAUUCACUUUUACAUAAUACUGGUGCAUCAUCUAAUAUGGAACCUUUAUGUGAGCAAACAAUAUCACCUCUAAGUCAUGUACAGACUAAUGCACUAGUUCCAGACGAAACUUCUGCUCGGGUAAAAUCAGUGGUGCUUUUGGCAACAGCAAUGGUGUUAGUUAAAGAUGCAUCGGGUACUUUCCAAUUCUGUAUAGUGUUAUUAGAUUCAUGCUCGCAGGUCAAUUUAAUAUCGGAAUCGAUGUGUAAUGCACUUCAUCUAAAAAAGUCACGAAGUAAAAACAGUCUUGUUGGUGUAGGAGCUGCAUUAGUAAAUAUUAAACAUAAAACAAUAAGCACGAUACGAUCAAGGUUAAACAGUUUUGAAGCAGUACUUGAGUUUCUCGUUACCAAAAGAAUUUCUAAAUAUCACCCUAAUGAAACACUGUCGUUAGAAGAGUUGCAAAUUCCUGAAAAUCUUCAAUUAGCUGAUCCGGCAUUUUACAAACGCCAAAAAAUUUAUAUGUUACUUGGUGCAGAAGCUUUCUUUUCACUGCUAGCAGUAGGCCAAAUAAAACUUGGUGAGAAUUUACCGACUUUACAAAAAACUUUGUUCGGCUGGAUUAUUUCAGGAAAAUAUUGUUCUACUAAAGAUUUCAAAAUUGUUUCAUCCCAUUGUGUUGUCAGCUUGGAUACAAUUAAUGCGAACUUGGAACGGUUGUGGCAGAUAGAGGAACCAGUUCAUCCACCAUCAGUAUGGUCAGUAGAAGAACAGCAAUGCGAAACCAACUUUAAAAAAAACUGUAGCUCUCAGUAA